CGCUUUCGAAAAAAAAUAAGGUAACAUCCAUCCAUGGGUAUUUCUAAUUAUUCAACCUUCUCGCCAAUGUCAAUCCGAUAGAGCUCAACACUUGUUAGCAGAUACGUCUUGACAAGUUACCUAGCAGCGUAAGCUAGAACCAACUUUCGCGUUUCCCUGCUAGACAAACAUCUUUUUGAAUUGGAUGCGGAAUUAAAAAAAAAAAAAAUCCACCACCAUCAUCUUCCCUCUCUCGAAUCUUCCUCCUUCGUCUUUCACCACCCCAGAAAGAAAGAGCUCGACGUCGCCAUUGAUGACCCGAUAGCAUCGCGGUGCCUUGGCCGCUCGCAUUGGCUCUUUAAGUCCUCGUUAACCUAGUUAACCACUCCUUUCUCACGCGACUAACCCGUCUCCCUUCCCGCGCCUGGUUCAUCCAAGCGCGACCCUUACACGAUGGCCUUCCCACAGACCCCAUCGCAUGCACUACCCGGCGCUUUUUUGCAUACGCCUGCUGUCGCAUCGCGCCUCAAUUCACAACAGGACCCUGUACGACGCCGUCUGUUCCGAGAUAAUUCGGCCUCAUCCGGCGGCCAAGCUCCAAGGUUCGGUCAGGAUCACGGUCUCGGACUCGAUGCCCCUACCACCGUAGCCGAAGAGCAGGCCGUUCGAGGUCUACCAAAUCCGAACAACCCCCCCCAACCUCCGUUAGCCAAGGCUGCCGCAUAUAUCAAUACCGCUCUCAAUCGAGAUGGCGAAUACCCCCAGCUCGACUCUUAUUGCAGACAGGUAUCAUCAGACUACGACCUAACACGCAACGAUUCCCCCUGGGCUCCUUUUCAGAAGACAAACAUGUAUCCGAUCCCCCAGAACGUGCUCGAACAAUAUAAUCGAGCCGAAGUUUCCACCAUGAUGGGAUUAUUUGCCGAGCUUAACCACGCCUGGGUCACGAUCGACAACUGUCUCUACCUCUGGGAUUAUACCCACCCCAACCCCGAGCUCAUCGGCUAUGAAGAUAGCCAACAUAGCAUAACCGCGGUGAAGCUCGUACCCCCGAAACCCGAUGUAUUCAACAAGGUCAUUACACAUAUAUUAGCCGUCGCCACUACCUCAGAGAUGUUUCUGUUAGGGGUCGCCGCCAGGGAUGCGCCGAGCGGCGCCAAGACUAUUGAGCUUUACGGCACGAAGAUGUCGCAGCCCCUGAAAGGUACCGAGGCGCGCGUCAUCGCUGGCUCCGCGAGCGGCCGCAUCUUUUUCUCCGGGCAGACUGAUAACGACAUCUAUGAGCUGAAGUAUCAGCAGGAGGAGAAAUGGUUCGCGGGUCGGACGGAUAAGAUUAACCAUACAUAUCGAUCUUGGACUGCCGCGGUUCCCAACCCAUCUCAGAUUCUCUGGGGCAAGGCCGCGAACGAGCAUAUCGUGGAAAUUGUAGUGGACGAUAGCCGAAACCUCCUAUACACCCUUUCCACCUCGUCCACCGUGCGGACUUACCACAUGGAGCCUCCGAACAAGCUCACCAAGGUCAUCGAAAAGACCAAGGACGAUUUCCUGCGCGAUAUCGCCCACGUGCUAAGCGUCGUGUCGCCUCUGCUUAACGAGCGAAUCGACAUCGUCUCGAUCAGCCCCAUCACGGCGGCCGAAGACUUCAAAGUUCAUCUCAUGGCUUUGACUAACACGGGCUGUCGUCUUUUCAUGAGCGCCACCAGCGCCGCUUCUUACAUGCUCAACUCCUCGAAUCAAGCGCCCCAGAGUAUGCAGCUGCAAUCGAUCAAAUUCCCGCCCUCCGACCAGCGGAGGCCUAGAGUCGAUCCGUUCGGCGGUCCCGUCGAGUAUACCGACGUACAAGCGAGGUCUCUCGAGAAGAGCAGGCGAGGAAUUCGCUUCGCGCCGGGCUAUUUCUUAGACUUCGUCACCAAGACAGACCAGCCAAACGGCGAUCUCUUGUUCAUGUCGGCGCCCGAUAGCGGCCGGAUCAACCACGGCCGCCAGAUUCAGAACAUGCGGUUCUACGAGCACGCUAAUUGGAUCGAGAUCGGCAGUAGGGCUGAAGAUGUUGGUCUCGUUACUAAGCCGUUUGCCGCAAGCGGUCAACCUCAAGGUUUCGGCAACGAGCUGGCCGUCCAAUUCGACGACCCGAACGGUAGCGAGUUCGCCAUCCUCACGAAUACGGGCAUACAUCUGGUGCGCCGCAGACGGUUGGUCGACAUAUUUGCUUCAGCUAUCAGAAGUGUCGCCGGAGACGAAGGUGUGAAGGCAGAAGUGAGCAAAUUUCGGAGCGCUUACGGCCACGUUGAAACCAUCACAGCCGCGCUCGCCGUCGCCUGCCGUCAGGGAGAGAACGGUCGUCCCGGUAUAGGACGUGGCGCCGUCGACCAGGUCACCCAGGACCGUGCUAAGCAAGUCUACAUCAACUUCGGAGGAAACCCCAGACUCCCCGAGCAGGACGGGCAGCCGGCGACCGUCGAGAUGGUCCAACCGUCUACCCGCCACGCCGCGCUGACUCUGUAUCUAAGUCGGCUCGUUCGAAAGCUGUGGAAAUCCAAGGUCAUCGGGCUAGGAACCGAUGCCGGCGGCGCGCUAACCAUCACCAGCGUCAUCUCGACGGGAAAGCUUAAAGACGUCCAGGGGAGCGUGGAGAGUCUAAGAAAUUUCCUCGACGCGAACAGGGCUUUCAUCCAAGGCCUGUCCGGACCCGCAGAUCUGCGCAGAGCCGGAAGCAAGCAAGAGGAGCUCGGAUUCCAAGGCGAACACCAAGCCAUGCGCGCCCUAGAAACUCUAAUGACGGGUAUCACGGAAGGUAUAUCUUUCGUCACGACAUUAUUCGAGGAGCGAGUCACGGAUAUUUUCGCUCGCCUCGACGACGCAGCCAGGCAGCAGCUCCGCGAUCUCACAUACGAGCAACUCUUCUCACAAGACGGCGGUAAGGAGCUUGCGAAAGUGCUAGUAAAAGCCAUCGUCAACCGAAACAUUGAAAACGGUUCCAAUGUGGAGACAGUGGCAGACGCGCUGCGGCGAAAGUGCGGCAGCUUCUGCAGCCCCGAUGACGUGGUCGUCUUCAAGGCCCAGGAGCAGCUGAAGAGGGCAUCCGAGCCGUCUCUAAAUCCGAACACGUCGCGAACGCUGCUUCAUGAGAGCUUGCGGCUCUUCGAAAAGGUUGCGAGAAAUUUGACGCAGGCCAACCUCGAAUCGGCCAUCGAACAGUAUGUAGGGUUAAGAUAUUACGCCGGGGCUAUCCAGCUAUGCCUAGUAGUCGCCAGCGAGAAGGACCGCGGCAACGCUGCGCUAUCCUGGGUCAACGACGGCAAACCCGUGGGCGAUCCGAGGGCGAAGUUCUUCGACGAUCGCAGGGUCUGCUACGGCUUGAUCCACCUCGUCCUCCAAGACCUAGACGCCGCGUCCAGUCGAGAACCCGAGAUGGUCGACGGAAAACCGACGCUGAUCGCGACCAAGCGCGCUGAGGCCUACGACGUCGUCAGCACCUCCUCGGACGAAGUUUUCCACUUCGACCUCUACGAAUGGUACAUACAGCAAGGAUGGACCGAUCGUCUCUUGGGCAUCGAUUCACCCCAUGUUACCACCUUCCUCCGGCGGCUCGCCUCAAAGGACGUCGAGCACGCGGACCUCCUCUGCAGGUUCUACACCAUGCGCAAGCAGUAUUUCGACGCUGCUAAAGUCCAGGCCGGUCUCGCACAGUCGGACUUUCCUAUCUCUAUCAAGGACCGCCUUACGCUGCUCAGCAAAGCGAAGACAAAUGCCAGCGUUAUGACUACUGGAGUUAGCCGUCAAGAGCAGCAGCUCCUCAACCAUGAAGUGACCGAGCUCCUCGAAGUCGCUCACAUCCAGGAUGACCUGCUGGAACGGUUGAAGGUAGAUAGCAGAAUUCCCGCGGAGCGCCAGCCAGAGAUUCACCAAGUCUUGGACGGUAAAAUCCAGCCUCUUUCUGAGUUAUUCAACGGCUACGCCGACCAGGCCGGUUACUACGACCUCUGCCUGCUCAUAUAUCACGUCGCCGAUUUCCGAAAUUCGACGACCAUCGCCCAAACCUGGAACAGUCUCAUUCAGCAAACUCACGAGAACGUCGCAGAGCAAUGGUCGGUAUACGAAGCGGAACGUCGCAGACGUGGGGCACAAGCCGGCGAUCCGCCCCCACAACCUUACGAGGUCUUAGUCGGCCAGAUUCAAGACAUCUGUCACCGCUCGUCUAACGAUUCGUUCAUCUUCCCCGUUCCGACCCUUCUACCCGAAAUAUGCCGCUACGCGUUUGAGAACGCGCAGGACCGAAGAAUCGCCGCCGACGUCAACUGGCCGGUAAUCGUCUUCCUCAGCCUAGGGGUGAGCUACGACCUCGUGGUUCGCGUGCUGGAACAGAUGUUCGAGGCGCAAGAAGUACCGUUCCGCGGCGCCGGUCGGGCGAGGAUCAUCGAAUGGAUCACGUUUGCGGUUGCUCAGUGGAUCCGCGACCUGGGCAGGAGCGGGCGGCCAGAGGCGAGACUGGACCCGUGGGUCAGCGACUUGAUCCUGGAAUGCGACAACUGGGUGUCCGCGAACGUGCGAAGCGGCAACGAGGGCGGCGCGGAUAUCAGAGACAUCGCACGAAGCGUGAAGGAGGUCCGUCGGGCCGUCGAGGGAUUGGUCGUAUCGCCGAUGGCCAACCGAAGCAUGGGUUUUUACUAAGAGUUUACGAGUCCUAAUAGCAUAACGUCCGGGUCGGGAUUUGGAAGCUUGAGGUACCAGACGCCGAAGACGCGUCGGGCGUUGGAAUAGCAAGGUCUCGCACGAAGGUAUUAAAACGAAAGUAAUAGCGGGCCCGCGUCUAGUAUACCAACGAGCUACGCGUUUGAUGCGUAUUCUGUAUUCCGGCGAUAGGAGUUGGUUUGGAAGAGGGGCGUCGUCCUUGGGCAUGUUAGAACGUCACGAAGUGGGCAGCAGAUAGUUUCGCCCAAUGCUUGCCAGCGUCGGUGUAAAAUAGUAUGCCGGCUGGGUCAUUCUCGCCGGUGCAUCUCGUAAUGCUGGCGGUUAAUCAAUCCGAACGCAUUGCUCCCCACUGCUACCCAAUAUUGAAUGC